AUGGGCAUGUGUACAGACAGGUGCGUGGGUGUAUGCAAAUUGAACCUUGCCCUGAUGCAUUUUGUAGGGAUGGGGGAAGUGUGUGUAUGGAGGAGGUGUGGAGAAAGGGGGAAAAAAAAAGAAAGGAACAUAGAAGACAAACGGAAAGGGGAGGGGGGAGUUCACCUUAAUUGUUUAUUUUGCCUCCUGAUGUGCAAUAUGUUCUUUACAUUUUGUGCUUCCUCUUUUGUUCUAUUUUAUUUAAACCAAAUGCUCCCUCCCCUUGGGGAAGCACACAUUUGUGUGAAAAUAUAUAAAUUAAAAUAUAUAUAUAUAUAUAUAAGAUCGUAUCUAUAUUGCUUCUUGUUUUUGUGCAAAUGUGUCUGGGAUGGUUCUAUAUGUGUGAGUGAGGUGUUUUAUUUGGCGCUCGACUUUGUGUUGUUGUUCGUUCAAACUUAUAUCAAGGGUCAAGGAGGUAAUUACACACACGCACACACACAAAAAAAGGAAAAGGAUAAUUGUCAUACGAAAUCCGUUACAAUAAUGAAGAUAUCAUUUAUUGGAUGUGGCAACAUGGGCGAAUGCAUCUUAGGUGGACUUAUUCAAAGCAAACAGUACCCACCCGAGUCUAUCCGCGUUUUUAACCGUACAAAAGCUACUGUGGAUCGGCUUUGCGAGCGUUAUGGUGUGGGAGGAGCCCAAAGCGCUACUGAUGCUGCCGCGUACGCCGAUGUGAUAGUCAUCGGCGUCAAACCAAAAGUUGUCUGUGAAUUACUUGCAAGUAUUCAGUCGAGUGUAACGGCAAAUAAAAUUAUUGUAUCGGUCGCUGCUGCAAUUUCUAUCGCCUCGAUGGAAAAGGCACUCGGGUCGGAGGCACGCAAAAUUGUGCGCACUAUGCCAAACCUUCCCACACGUGUCGGUGCCGGUGUGACAUCCAUCACUUCCAACGCACACGUGACGGCUUCUGAAAAGGAAACAAUAUUUCAGCUCUUCCGCACCAUUGGUAUUGUUGUAGAGGUUUUAGAGUCACAAAUUCCUGCCGUGAGCAGCGUCGCAGGUGCGUCACCGGCGUAUGUGUUCAUGUUUAUGGAAGCAAUGGCCGAUGCGGCAGUUCAUGGUGGUUUGCCUCGCGCACAAGCGUAUGAAUUAGCGGCUCAAGCGGUAUUAGGAUCUGCGAUAAUGCUUCAAAAGUGUGACAUGUCUCCUGCACAAUUGAAAGAUAUGGUUUGCUCACCUGGAGGAGUAACUAUUGAGGCUGUACGGAUACUUGAGAAGGGUGGAAUGAGGUCUGCUGUCAUUGAAGCAAUGAUUGCGUGUACCGAUAAGUCAAAGGAACUUGAGAAGGGAUUGAAUUAA